ACGACAUAGCAGUCCAUACUUUAGGGCGAGUACUGGUAAUCAUCCAGCAGCGCUUCAUCACGUUGAGAAAACAUGAAGUCUCUCAUUGUUCUAUUCGCAUUCUCCGCCAUCGCGACGGCAACACCAGUCUUGGACACGCCGGAGGUAGCGCAAGCGAAAGCGGCGCAUCUCGCCACCCAGGCUUAUGAGGCCGCGAGAAACACGAUCGGUUAUGGAUGGCCCGGUUAUGGAUGGUCCGGUUAUGGAUGGCCCGCCCUUUAUGCACCUGCAAUUGCAUACGGCGCUCCCAUCGGCGCGGAUGGCCGAGUGAUAGACACACCUGAGGUCGCCCAGGCCAAGGCUGCCCAUCUCGCCGCUCACGCCCAAGAGGCUGCCAAGACAAUCGGACUGGUUCCAUACGGUGCACUAGCGUACGCCACCUCGCCUGCAUUCUAUCCUUACGCUCCACUUGGAUCUGAUGGCAGGGUAAUCGACACUCCUGAAGUGGCCCAGGCUAAGGCAGCACAUUUGGCCGCACACGCUGCAGCAGCCCGAAACGCUGUUUAAUAAAUUGUAAAGUAACCAUUGGAAAUUGCGUAUUGAUAAAAUCAAGCUAUCUCUACCCAAUUGCGAAAGUACAUGCGGAGACAUUUGUGCCAUGAUUAGCCAUGUUUUAUAUGGAUCUGAUAUGAGAAAAUUUUAUCAAUAAACAAGCCAUUUUUAAAAAUUGUAUGCGGUUUGGAUUCGUUUUCAUUAAAUAAAUUAAAUUCGGAAGUAUUUGAUAUAUUCAAUUUAAAAGAUAAUCUAAUUUUCUUAUAUUGUGAUUUAAUGAGUGUUAAAUAACAGAAAUAAAUAGAAAUAAUGGGUCUUUAAAUACAACGAAAUGUACACAAACGAGUUAAACUUUUCGUCGCGAUAUAUAAUUUUGAACCUUCCAUUAGAAAUCUGGAUCUUUAAAUUUGGAUCUUUUUCAUUCUUUACGGUUCUAUCCUAGGUAUUUCCUGUUCGACCGAUUCCUGUUCGUGCAAAUUUCUCGCAAGUUCUAUGAAUUAAAUUGUAUAUUGUAUUUUAUUAUUUAUCAAAUAAAGUUUAAACGUUCUUUAAAAAGA